ACAUCUCUGGGGCACAUGCACAGGAGGCUGGGUCUGCUGGGUGGGGAAGCUCCCGUUCCCAUAGGCCCGUCGAGGGCUGACUCCUCUGCUCUCCUCACUGUGCUUCAGGAAUAUCUCAAGGGCCUGUGCAGCCCAGAGCUGUGGAAGGAGGUCCGCUACCCACCGAUCCUGCACUGCGCCUUCCUCGGAGCCCAGGGCCUCUUUCUGGACUGCCUCUGCUGGAGCACUCUGGCCUACCUGGUGCCUGGCCCCCCUGGCUCCUUGAUGGUGGGCGGGCUGACCGAGUCUUUCACCAUGACCCAAAACUGGCUGGAGGAGCUGGUGGGCCGGCUGCGCUGGGGCCCUGCCCCUCGCCUCACCCCCCGGGGGAUUUGGGAGGCUGAGGUGACCCGGGCCUUUGGGGCCCUGGUCUGGAUCCGAGCCGACCAGCAUGCUGCCGACCUGCUGAGGCUGUCCCCAGCCGUCCAGGAACUGCUGCUGAGACUAGUUCGGGAUGCCGCAGGCAAGGAGGACAUCAUCGAGUGGCUUGGCCGAAUUGGCUCCCCCGACACCUCUUGUGACCCAGAAGUUCUACAGUUUGGGCCCCCCCACCAGCAGAGGGAAGACCCAGCCACAGUGUCUGUGGGGGGCGAUCCUGGGCACAUCCUGAGUGAGGACCCCAGCCUGGGAGCUACCCAGUCUGAGGUCUUGUCCUUGUCUGGCCAGAGCACCCAGCAGGAGUCCUCCAAGCAGCUGGUAGAGGUUGGUCCUGGCAGCCAAGGUGGUACGGAUGGUGCUCCUGAGGAGGGGCCACUGCAAGCCAGCAACAGCCAGGAUCCUGCCAACCACACACAGGCCCUGUUACAGCACAGGAAGGUCCAGAGGAUGGACGACAAACUCCCCUUCCCGCCUGUGGUGUCUGCCCUGGGUGUGUGCCCACCCUGGAAAGCCUUGGCCCCAGCGCCUGCCUUUGGGCCCCUGUGCCCUGGCGCUAUUGCUGCCACCUUCUGGAGGAUCAAUGAAAUGCACUCUCUGAACCUGGCCUGGCUCCUGUCCCAGGCCUGCUUCAGCUUCUCCUUCUGGCAGAGGCAGCUGGCCCCCCUUCAGUUCAGGCUACCAGGGCAGAGCCCUUUGCCCUUAAAACUGGAGUGGAAGCAGAAGGAGCUGGUCCCUUUGCCCAGUGUAGAAAGCUCAGGUGGGGGUGGGGGCCCAGGAGAGGAGUUAGCUUUGCACAAUUGUCCAAAGCCAGAGACGCCCUCAAAGGUCAUGAGUUUACUGAUGGUCUCAGGGAGUUCGGGUGUAGAGGACAAGGCUAGCCCUGGGCUUCUCCAGAUAGACAUGCCUGUGACCUCUGCAUCCCAGCUACCAGCUGGAAGUGCAUUGGGGGAGCUGGGAAGUGUGCUGUGGGACUGUAAGGGGCCACUACAGGGGCCCAUACCACCCUCCAGGCAGAGGGCACCCACAGUUCAAGAGGGGUCCCCAACUCCUGUGGGGCAACCAGCUCAGGCAGCGCCUGCAGCUCCAACAGUGCCUAAAGCUCCCAGAGUGCCCAUAGUUGCAGGGGUGUCCUUGACCCCAAGCCCACCCGAGACCCAUGUGCCGCCUGCGGUUCCCAAAGUGCCUAUAGUCCCCGUGGGACCUGCAGCCUCCAAAGUGCCUUCAGCUACCACAGAGCCAGCAGCUCAGGUGGUGCCUACGGCUCAUAAGGCCGCCAGAGAUGCUCUGGUUCCAGUGGCGCCUGAAAUGCCCCAGAUGCCCUCAGCCCAGAAAAGGCCUGCAGGUCCCAAAGCAUCCAAGGCUCAAGCAGGGCUGGCAGACGAAACAAGGUCCAUGCCUCCCAGAGCGGCUGCUGCUCCCCAAGUACCUGCUGCUCCCCAAGCACCUGCUGCUCCCCAAGCACCAGCUGUUCCCCAAGCACCAGCUUUCCCCAAAGCACCUGCCACCCCCAAAGCAGUUGCAGUUCCCCAAGAACCUAUUCCCUCCCAAAAAGCUGCUGCCUCUCAAGCACCUGCUGCUUCCAAAGCACCUCCCACCCCUAAAGCACCUGCUGCUCCCCAAGCAGCUGCUGCCCCCCAAGCACCAACUUUCCCCAAAGCACCUGCCAGCCCUAAAGCACCUGCUGCCCCCAAAGCACCUGCUGCAGCUCCCAAAGCACCUGCCAGCCCUAAAGCACCCGCUACCCCCAAAGCACCCGCUACCCCCAGGGCAGCUCCAGCUCCCAAAGUACCUGCUAUGUCCAAAGCACCUGCAGCCUCAAAAGCCUCCAGAGCUCCCCAGAUGCCUACAGCUCAGAGGGCCCCAGCAGAUUCAGGGAAAAUCUUAAAACAGGUCCACCCUUCAUCAAAGGACAGCGUCUCCUUCCCCAAGGGCCAGGGGGAGGCUGGAAGGCAGGCUCCCCAGCCCAGCAGCACCUUGGCUCCCAGCACUAAGCACCAACCUCAGAUGGAGGCACUCUUGGGGGCUUGUGUGGGGGCUCCGAGGCAGCCAUCUCGCAACCCGCAGACCAAUGUCGUGACCAGCUUCCAAAGGUACCAUGAGGCUCUGAAUACGCCCUUCGAGCUGAACCUGUCGGGGGAACCGGGGAACCAGAAUUUGCGGCGUGUGGUCAUUGAUGGCAGCAGUGUGGCCAUGGUGCAUGGCCUCCAGCACUUCUUCUCCUGCCGGGGCAUUGCCAUGGCGGUACAAUACUUCUGGAACCGGGGACACCGAGAGGUCACUGUGUUUGUGCCCACCUGGCAGCUGAAGAAGAAUCAGAAGGUGCAAGAGAGCCACUUCCUGACCAAGCUCCAUUCCCUUAAGAUGCUUUCAAUCAUCCCUUCCCAGCUGGAGAAUGGCAAGAAGAUCACCACCUAUGACUACAGGUUCAUGGUAAAGCUGGCAGAGGAGACAGACGGCAUCAUUGUCACCAAUGAGCAGCUCCACGUCCUGGUGAACAAUCCCAAGAAACUGACAGUCAAAGAUCGUCUCCUGCCCUUUACCUUUGCGGGGAAUCUCUUCAUGGUGCCCGACGACCCCUUGGGCCGUGAUGGCCCCACCCUGGACGAGUUUCUAAGGAAGCCAAACAGGCUGGAUACCGACAUUGGCAACUUCCUAAAGGUGUGGAAGACUCUCCCUCCCAACUUGACCAGCUCAGUGCCAAGUAAUAGCAUUGCCCCUGCGCCCCCAGAGGGUCCACAGAAGGUGGAGGAAGUGAGAGAGGAGAAGGAGGAGAGGCAGAGUCAGCAGCAGGAAGAGGAGCAGGGGAUGCCGGAGCCGGAGCCGGAGCCGGAGCCGGAGCUGGCAGAGGAGGAGGGCCAGGAGUCCUCACUGGAGUCGGUGUUCAGUGAUGACUGCCCCUUGCUCUCGGAGGAAAUCCUCCGGUGCCUAAGCCUCCACAGACCCCAAGAUGAGGCCUUGGACAUUGAUCUCAUGCCGGUUGCACCUUCUGCCUCCCAGGGUGUCCCUUGGGAUGGCAAGGCCCCCUGCCAGCAGGUCCUUGCCCACCUGGCCCAGAUGACUGUGCCCAGCAACUUCACUGCUCUCUCCUUCUUUGUGGGGUUCGUGGACUCCCACCGGGAUGCCAUCACUGACUAUGAGGCCCUCAUGGGGCCCCUGCACAGCCUCCUCAGGCAGAAGACAGACUGGCAGUGGCAGCGGGAGCACGAGACGGCCUUCCUGGCGCUCAAGCGAGCUCUGGUGUCUGCCCUCUGCCUGACACCCCCUGACCCCCAGCUGCCCUUCCGCAUGGAGGUGAUGGUCAGCCAGGUAGCCCUGACGGCCAUGGUCUACCAGGAGCACUUGGGGAGGAAGCACCCCACUGCCUAUACCUCAAAGCCCCUGCUCCCUGAUGAGGAGAGCCAGGGCCCCCAUUCUGGGGGAGACAGCCCCUACGCCGUGGCCUGGGCCCUCAAGCAUUUCUCCCGCUGCAUUGGAGAUACCCCGGUGAUACUAGACAUGUCCUAUGCCUGCCGGGCCACGGUGGACCCCAAGACACAGGAGGACCACAGGGUCUCCAAAGCUUGGUUGCUCCGAUGGUCGCUUUUGGUGCAGGACAAAGGCAAGAGGGCCCUGGAGCUGGCCCUCCCGCAGGGCCUGCUGGGGAAGAACCGCAUGCUGACUCCUGAGGCCGCCAUGCCACGCUGCUUCCAGGCUCUGCCCCAUUUGUCUGAUCUGUCCACUUUCAUCUGCAUCCACGUGUCAGGCUACUCCGCUGACCAUGAGGAUGAGCCAAGUUCCGGCUUUGGGCUGUACAUCCUGUCUCCCAGCAGUGCCCCAGUCUCUCUCUCCUUCUCCUGCCCCCCUUACACCCCAACCUAUGCCCACCUGGCGGCUGUGGCCUGUGGCUUAGAGCGCUUUGGCCGGUCCCAGCUGCCUGUGGUUUUCCUCACACACUGCCACUGGAUCUUCAGCCUCCUCUGGGAGCUGCUGCCCCUCUGGGGAGCCCGGGGCUUCCUGUCCUCGGAAGGGAUUCCACUACCUCACCCCAGCCUCCUCUCCUACAUCAUCUCCCUUACCUCCAGCUUCUCAGUCCUCCCGUUUAUCUACCGGACCUCCUACCGGGGCUCCCUGUUUGCUGUGACAGUGGACUCGCUGGCCAAGCAGGGUGCCCAGGGGGGUGGGCAGCGUUGGAGCUUGCCCACAGAUGUCCCAGCCCCUGUCAUGUCUCCCUACCGCCUGGGCAAGAGGCCCAACCUGCUGGCGUUGCAGCUGAGUGAUAGUGUGCUGGUGGACAUCAGGGCCAAGCUGCAGACUGGCCAGCGCCCCCCCAACUCCUCCCCCUUCAGCCCCGUCUUUAACGCUCUCUGCAUUGACAAAGAGAGUGGCCUGCUCAUGUUUAAGUCUGAGAAAAAACGGCCCAGUGUCUGGGUGGUCCCAAAGCAGCUCCGGAGGGACCUGAUCUUCUCCGUGCACAACCUGCCCGUGGGAGGCCACCAGAAGCCGGAGGAGACCUACAAAAAGCUGCGGCUGCUGGGGUGGUGGCCGGGGAUGCAGGAGCACUUGCGUGAUUACUGCAGGAGCUGCCUGUUCUGCCUCCCGCGUCACCUGCCGGGUGGCGAGCUCAAGGUCAUCGAGUCCCUGUGGCCUCUGCGCUCCACCGCGCCCUGGGCCAACCUGCAGAUGGAGGUGGUGGGUCCCGUCACCGCCAGCGAGGAAGGCCACAAGCACGUGCUGAUCGUGGCCGACCCCAACACCAGGUGGGUGGAGGCCUUCCCCCUGAAGCCCUACACACACAUGGCUGUGGCCCAGGUGCUGCUGCAGCACGUGUUCGCCCGCUGGGGGGUUCCCAUCCGGCUGGAGGCCGCCCAGGGCCCGCAGUUCGCCCGGCACGUCCUGGUGAGCUGCGGGCUGGCCCUGGGGGUCCAGGUGGCCAUCCUGAGCAAAAACCUCCAGUUCCCCAGCCUGCUGAGCUCAGAGGCCUACUGGGAAUUCAAGAGGGCUCUCAAGGAGUUCAUCUUCCUGCAUGGCAAGCGGUGGGCGGCCUCCCUGCCCCUGCUGCACCUGGCCUUUAGGGCCUCGUCCUCCCACGCCACCCCCUUCCAGAUCCUGACGGGUGAUGAGCUCAAGCUGCCAGAGCCCCUGUGGUGGGAGAUGAGCAGCGCCAAUCUGGAGGGGCUGAAGAUGGACCUGUUUCUGGUGCAGCUGACCCGGGAGGUGCUGGAGCUCCACUGGCGGGUGGCUGACAAAGCAGUUGAGAAGGCGGAGAACAGGCGCUUCAGGCGUGAGAGCCAAGAGAGAGAGUGGAGCAUGGGUGACCAGGUCCUCCUGCUGUCCCUCCCCAGGAAUGGCACCAGCGCCAAGUGGGUGGGGCCCUUCUACAUUGGAGACCGGCUGAGUUUCUCUCUUUACAGGGUCUGGGGCUUCCCAAGUCCAGAGAAGCUUGGGUGCAUCUACCCCAGCGGUCUGAUGAGGGUCUUUGCCAAGAAUGACCUUCCCCUGUCCUUCAAGGCCUUGGAGGAAUGAGCUGGAGCUGGGGAGAGCAGGGGAAGUUUGAGGAGGCAGUGGAGUGGAGCCCCUGUCCCUCCCAAAUCAUGUUUGCAUAGCCCUCUAGGGGCCCUUACUUGUGCCUUUUGUAGAGAACUUGCCUCACAAAGCUUUGCUAAAUUGCCUUGAAUUAGAGGCCAGGGUCUCGAUGGAAGUGCCCCCUGUUUGAAGUAUUGGAAGAAUCUGCCAAAAGUUGUUAGAUGACAGUCCUCUGGUGAUUUCAUCUUGGGGAGUGGAAAGCUCCUUUGCUAAAGUAUGUGAGGCUCAAUGUCUUUCCCUUAGAGUAACCCCUUUGCUCUGUCACAUGAGGGCUAACACACACACACACACACACACACACACACACACACACACACACACACACACACACCUACCUUACUCAUGUGGCUCCAGGCCACAUUCCCCUCCUAUAGAAACCUCAAUUGUGGAUUUGUCCCAACCUGCUCACCUAGACACCCUUUGCCCUUAAACUUGUCUCAGCUGACACAUCCAUGCAGGCUGUGAGGGCAGACGCCCAGCUGUCACAGAAGGGCCGGCAGUCUCAGGAG